CGAAAAUCAAUCAAAAGUUGAACAUUACAUGGUUGACCUUCAACUUUUACUAUACCGUUCAUUGCUCGGGCAUAAUUAAUUUACUUAAAUGAAUCCGGCGGAGCUUGAAUUUCUUUCAGAAGAGGAAGGAUUGACCAUAGUACCUAAGUUUAAACUUGAUGCUAUUAAGCUGCUCAAUACUACUAUUGGUCCUUUUUUCCCAAAUGUGCCAACUGUUGUCCCUCUUUGGGUUGCUCUUUUUCUGAGAGGGCAGCAAAAGUGUCGUAUUAUGCCACCAGCGUGGUUAACGUUAGAGAAGUUAAAUGAGUGUAAAGAAGCUGAAGAGAACGACUCCGGUUGUACUUCUCCUCCUCAUUCUCAAUACAUUGAAAUUAGUACACUUCUUCUUCAACACGCGGCUGAAGAUAUACCGAAUCCUGAAAGUAUUCGCAACAUUGUUCGUGAUGUAUGGGAUAUUCGUGUUGGGAAAUUGUUAUCGUCUGUUAAUGGUUUCCUCUCUAGUGGAUCGUCGACAGCACGAGUUAGUCAAUUGACUAAUAUGGAAUUAACCACUUUACAUAAUCUUCUGGCUAAUUCAAUGGACCAGUUAUCUUUACUACGUCAGGCAACUUCACAAGCUGUAGAAUUCGGUGGUAGCGCAGUUAAUCGAACAUCAUUUUUGAAUUCAUCAUCUGUCGGAAACUAAGAUAAUAUGGAUUUAUCUACUUGUGUUCCUAUCAUCUAUUCGUCCUACUAAUCAGAUAAAUAUUAUAUUUAUAACAUUUCCUUGUAUGUAUCUAUGACGUAAUCGUGUAUGAAAUUAGUGCUCAUCUAGAAUUAUCUCUUUAUGGAUUUUCUUUGAUUACAUGUAAAAGUGCAUAGUUGAAACUAUUUUGCAGUACAUUAAAUAUAGAUAUUUCUAGGAAAAUUUACUUGUUGAAACUGGAUUUUCUCAACGGUGCACUAGUUUAUUUGUAGAUCAUAAUCAGGGUAAUAUUACCGAAAUUCUUUAAUGUCAAUAAGAUUUGAUUAAUAAGUAUAGUGUGAAUAUAAAUCUAAUUGAUUUAAUAUUUCACUGUAUCGUACAAAUUUUUAGAUGUUUUGGUGUAAUCAACAAUAAUACUGAGACUUUCUUUUGCCUACUUUUUUUGUUUCUGAAAGCCUUCCGAAUUAUUUUUAUCGAUAAUUCAUAAUAUUGUGUAUUUAGUUAUUUUAUUCAGUAUUAAUAGCAUAUUUCAAAAUGGUCAUUAUUUUCUAAAUUCAUCUAAAUCCUUUGUCUAACAGAUAUCUUUUCGUAGUAGGCACGCUUUCGUAAACUUUUCAAACAAAUUUGGCAACUUCAUUCAUUUUCGCUCAUUGGUGCAACAGAAUAAAUGAUUAUGAUGCUUUUUUUAAUGCUUAGUAUUUUUUU